AUGGAUACUAAAACCGACUGGCGGGCGGGGCUAACAGCGGCAGGAUGCUUAAAGUACAUUGGAGAAGCAAAACUUCUUACAGAUGUCAAGUUCAUCUUUCCAAACGACAACAACGAAUCCUGCACAGGACACAAGCUGAUACUAAGCAUGAGAAGCGCUGUUUUUGAAGCCAUGUUUUACGGUCCUAUGGCUAAAGAUGAUGGCGAAGUUACAAUCAGCGAUAUUGAAAAGAAAACGUUCGAGAUGAUCUUAAGGUACGCGUACACUGAUAGGCUUGAUGUAGAUGGAAAUACAGUUUUGAGAUGUCUGUAUGCGGCCAAAAAGUACUGCCUUGACGGUAUGGUUAAGCUGUGCUUAGAUUACUUAGAAUCGUCUGUGGCCUCUGAUAGUGUUUGUUCAAUUUAUGAGCAAGCAAGAUUUUACGGACUACAAGGGCUCCUUGAAAAAUGCAAAACAUUUAUGACGACAAACGCCGAAGAAAUACUGAAAGAUGAUGAUUUUUUCAGUCUAACGAUUCAAAGCUUAGCGGAGCUCCUUGCAAAUAGAAAGCUCAAACCAAACGAGGUUCUGUAUUUUGAUGCCGCUAAUCGUUGGUCUGAGAAUGAAUGCUUAAAAAGGGAUAUGGAGAUUACUGCUGAAAACAAGAAAACACUGCUUGGUCCUGCGCUGAAGGAAAUCAAAUUCGGACUGAUGACACCUCAAGAAUUUGCAGACCAUGUUCCUGAGACUGGACUUGUAAAUAAAGAUGACCAAUUGGAUAUAUACAGGUGGAUAAUAACAAAAAAACUUCAUGGGUCGCAAGUAUAUGACAAGUUUAAAUCAUUGCCACGUCAAUCACAGACAUUGCCGAUAACCUUGAAUACAUCCAAUUGUACCGAGGGAACAACGUUGCAAAAUGAAUCUCAGUUUACGAUACAAAGCAAUGAACCCAUACGGAUAACAUCAAUAGUUAUGAAAACAACGAGUUACCAAUUGUCAUCAGUAACGAUGCGCGAAUCUGAAGAGGAAGAACGGCCCAUACCUCUCUCAAACAUCAACUCUAGAGCUUCGAACACAUACGAUUUCAAAGAAGAUGUAAAUGUUUAA